ACAAUCCCAUAUCCUAAAAGCUCCGAGUCUCUGACUAGUUUUAGCCAUGGUAGUGCCCUUGGGUCCCGGGAAGUUCUAUGGUUCCAGCCUCCCCCGCCCGCGGAUAUAUACGGACGUCAAGUACAGCGAGGAGCGGAUCGAUCCGCCGGUCUCCGUGUCCGAUCCGUUUCUUUCCUGGGCCACCGAGGCCCACUGGUCCAUGGGCGGACUCAGUUUCAAGCGCCUCCGCCUUCAGGGCCACAUCGAGGGCAGCGUCACCAAGCUCCGCGCCCAACGCGAGAAGUUCAUAACGAAGCAAGCCAAGAAGCUCGAUUCGCCAAAUGGGCCGUGCCCAAAUGGGCCAAAGAGGGUGGUUUCACUUCCGGAUUCGGAAUCUCCACCGCCGGCUCCGAUCGCGACGAAGAGGCGGAGAUAUCUGGCUCUGGUUGAUGAUGACGAAGAAGCGGAAGAGCAGGUUGUUGUAGUCAAGAGGAGGCUGGUUAAAAAACUUGGGGAUGAUUUUGAUAGGGUGGCCAUGGAGAGCGAGAAGAGAAAAGGUGACCCUGUGAAGGAUUUGGGUAAUGGAUCGGGUUCCGACAUGGUGGGAACGAGGACUCGGAGCCGGGGAGUGGAGGAGGUGGAUGAGCAAUUACAUGACUUGGAUUUCAAGGACAAGAAGUUGAAGGGCGGUUCUGGUAGAGUGAGUAGUGUUAGGACUUCUCCAAGACUGGCAAAGCGUGGGUCUAGUUAGAUUGAUGUUUGUGUUUGGCUUGAUCUAAUGGAUUACAUUUACUCUUAUUUAAGCUGAUAAUAUAGUGCCCUUCCUUUUUUUUUAAGUUUUUAUUUUAAUUUGUUUCUAGGCUUUUAGGUUGGGAAAUGUAAGUUUGAAUGGAAAUUUGUGUUUGAUGAAAAUACAUUAUCUGAUUUGUCUUGAAAAAAAGUGUAUUUUUCUUGAGUGAAGUUGUUGAUUUCCUGAUGUACUGGACAUGGGAGGCUUUGAUUAGUUUGGAAAUAUAGUCAAAUCAAAGCU